GUCAACCAACGUAUCAAAGUUCGAACCCGGAACUACCAAAUGACGAAAAGUUUCCACAUAAAAUCAUAAAAACGCAAUAUGAACCGCGCAAAGUCGACAAUAGAACAUCAUUAUUUGCACUAGUCAUUUUAUUGGUUCAAACGGGAAAUAUUUGCAGCUGCAAAUCAUAUUCAUUCUCGCACUGAGUUGCAACGGAGAUAUACUGCACGGCGCGUGACUUCCUCUUAGAAAGGAUCUAGUACAUAUAAUUCAUCUGAUAUUUUGACCAGUUCUCGAAAGAACACAAUCAAGAUGGCGUCACUGAGAACCUUAUCUGCUAUUUUCAUUCUAUUCUGCAGUGUAAUACACAGUGCAAUGGCCUAUAGCGUCUACUAUGGUUCUUGGUACCUCUACGUUUGGAUACCGCUCGUGAUCAUCGCAAUUAUCCGAUGCUGCUGCUAUUAUAACCAAAAGAAAGAACGCGAAGCACAAACGGUCUAUGUAGAUCAGGGCGGUCGACCCACCGGUCAGGCACAGACGGUUAUCAGCACCCAAAUGACGGCAGGCUCGACCGUGAUCAAUCCUCCCCAGUAUCAACCCGCUCUGCACUACGGGCAGCCUCAAGGCGCCGUUAUCAAUUCGGCCUACACACCAGAUCCUGCAGGUACCGCCUACCCGCCCAAUGCACCGGGACUGCCCUAUCCGCCCAGUUCACCGAGGCAACCGGGUACCGCGUACCCACCUCCCCCUCAGUACAGUGAAGCGGUUAAACUCCCCGAACCUCUUUAGUCACUUAAGAAGAAGAUAUUGAUUAAAUCUACAUCCAGUUAGAUGUUUAUCAUUUCGUGAGCGUGAAAUCAACUCGGAACACAUAUAAUUACAGCUGCACAAAUCCACAUUGUUUUGUUACUCGUGCUCAGAAGUGGCGGAUCAGAAUUCGGGA